CAUGGAGGCUACCGUUGUGGCAGAUGGCGUGGCUGGACCUCUACCUGGCAGAUGUGCCUAUUUUGUGGAAAGGAAGAAACGAUACUGUAAAAUGGUGGCUGGUAGCGGUAAAACAUACUGUGGGGAGCACGCUAACUCCGAUGCAGGGGGUGACAGGAAGAGAAUCCCUUGUCCUCUGGACCCCAAACACACAGUGUAUGAGGACAGUUUGGCAAAGCACCUGAAGAAGUGCAACUCAAAAGAGAAACCCAAACCUGUGUAUUUUGUCAAAGACAUUAACACUGGGCCAGUUUGUGAUGAGGACACUGUUUCAGACGAGGUGCCUCUGGCAGACUACUCUGCUGAGAAGAUGGACAGACUACUUCAGAAACUCAGACAGGCCGUCAAAGGUCUGAAUGUGAGCCACAGGCAGAGUGUUCUUUCCCACGAUGCCUUACAUGACGCCCUCAACGACCCCAAGAAUGGAGAUUCUGCCCUCAAACACCUCAAGCAGCAGGCAUCUCUACUAGGCAACAUGGAGCGUGUGUGUGUGCUGGGCUCCAAGAGGUGUGUGGUUGAGUUCGGAGCUGGGCGGGGCAAGCUCUCCCAUUGGAUACACGCUGCCGCCACUCAAGAAACACAAGACAACCUCCACUUCCUACUGGUGGAAAGGAGCACCACACGCUUCAAGGUGGAUGGCAAAAAUAAGGGAUCAGACUGCACGUUUGAGAGGCUACAGGUGGACAUUCAGCACUUGGACCUGAGUAAGGUCCCGCUCCUUCAGGACAAGAGGCUGCCCGUGGUUGGUGUUGGAAAACACCUGUGUGGAGGAGCCACAGACUUGGCUCUGCGUUGCCUGUUGGAGAGAUCCAGUUCCGCUGCUGCUGCUGCUGAUGAUGAUGAUGAUGAUGAUGAUGCCGAAGAGCAGCCGGCUAGUAAGCGCUUGAGGGGGGAGGCGGGGCAUGUGGACCUAUCGGCAUGGCAACCCCGGGUGAUUGGCGUGUGCAUCGCCCUCUGCUGCCACCACCGCUGUGACUGGAGGAGCUACGUGGGGCAGGACUUCUUUAAGGGGCGUGGCCUAGGGCCGGCAGAGUUCCGAGCCUUCACGCGCAUGUCCAGCUGGGCCACCUGCGGCAUGACGGCCAAUCACAGAGCAGGACAGACAGAGGGCAAAGGAGUCACAGAAGGGCCCGACAAACGACAAGUAGAAGAAGAACAAGAGGAAGAGCAUGAGGAAGAAGAGAUGGAGAAUAUUCCGGAGAGCCUGAGCAGCAUGAGCGUGCAGGAGCGAGAGCGGAUCGGCCGGCUGUGUAAGCGCUUGAUUGACGAGGGCCGCGUUCAAUACCUGAAGAGCCGUGGCCAGGAGACGGGACUUAGCUGCUACAUCGGUGAUGACAUCACUCUGGAGAACACGCUGCUCACCGCGGUACCCGAGCCAUCGCUAUAGUAACCUGUCACU